CAGAUAAACACUCACACAAGUUGUAGAGAAAGACGAGAAGAACAGAGAGUCGGAGGGAGAGAAAGGAGGAGGAGAGUUUGUCAGAAUGAGUCGGCAACACAAUGGCUGUUAUGGCGAUGGAAAGCAUAGAUAGGGUAAAUAGGUGAACAUCGUUGUGGUUGAAAGUCAGCUGUGUGUGGAGCACAAGAAGGAAGAAAUAAGAACCGGAGCAGAAACAUGAGUCGGCAGCAGCAGGAGUCACAGGGAGUGGUUUUAACGGGUUACCACAGCAACGCCGAACUACUGCCGAAAACUGGACCGUGUGCCUCGAGCUGUCCGUCAGCCCAGGACCACGAGCCCAACUCGCACAGCCGCAGAACAGGCCACUAUGCAGUUCAGCAGAGCCAGAACCAUGGAGACAGAUAUGGACCUUCCACUGCUGCCUCCUGUACAAAAACCACAGGUCCAGAGCCAUCGUCACAACCAAACCCAAAUGCAGCUGCCUGCCCCAGAUCUCAGCACUCCUCCAGUCCUAAACCAGGCUCCAGCCCCAGACACAGCCCCAUCUCCAGGUCAAGAGCAAAGCCUCCAUGCCAGCGCUGCAACUCUCAGGACUCUCUGGAUGAGCUGGAGAUGGAUGACUACUGGAAGGAGGUGGAGAAUAUCACUCGCACGGGUGGAGGAGCAGGGAGGGGAGAAGGUGGAGGAGAAGGAGAAAUGCCAGAGGAGGAGCAGCAGAAAAUUUCUGAAGAAGGCGAACAGGAGGAAGCAUGGCUAACAGAGGCGGGGCUGGCACGGCUGUUUGAUGAUUCACUGGCAGCUGACCAGGAUCAGGAAGAAGACAGUGCUGUGUUCCUGUCCACACUGACAAGAACUCAGGCGGCCGCUGUCGAGCGACGUGUUGCAUCUCUACAGCAGACGCUACGACGGCGCAAUCGGCAGCACGUCCCUGACGUCAGAGACAUUUUCCGACCUCCUGAAAAGGAUGAUGAUCUCAGUAAACUCAAAGGGGGAAGUGAGAACGGACAAAAAGAUGUCACUUCAUCUGAAACAGAGACCGAGCUCAACGUUGAAGUGGCUUUUUCAGAGCAGGCGCUCACUUACAGGGACAACCACCAAAGGUUAAAGGUCAACACAGGCCCCAGCUCACCUGACGACAAACUACCGAACUUUAAGCUGCUCCGGGAUAAAACAGGUCAGACCAGAAUAGGAGAUCUGUCUCCUCUGGAUAUGAAAAAGGUGCAUAGAGUGGUGCUGGUGGAGAUGACGGCACUAUUUGACACAGCAGGGAUCGACCUUAAGGCUCACAAAGCUGUCAAACUCAAGACUAAAGAAAGUGGUCUAUUUGGAGUUCCCCUUGCCACUUUAUUGGAUCAGGACCAGAGGCGGGUUUCUGGGACCAAAGUGCCAUUCAUACUGCAGAGGCUGAUGAGUCAUAUUGAGGAGGAGGGAUUAAACACAGAGGGGCUGCUACGGAUCCCUGGAGCUGCAACUCGAGUCAAGUCGCUGUGUCAGGAGCUUGAGUCCUCGUUCUAUGAUGGGACGUUCCCAUGGCAACAGUUGAAGCAGCAUGAUGCGGCUAGUCUUUUGAAGAUGUUCAUCAGGGAGUUACCCCAUCCUUUACUCACUGUGGAGUACCUCAACGUGUUUCUUGCUGUCAACAAGCUCCCUACAAAGAAGCAGCAGCUGCAGGCUUUGAACCUGCUGGUCCUUUUGUUACCUGAGGCCAAUCGGGACACUUUAAAAGCUCUGGUGGAGUUUUUCCAGCAUGUGAUUGACCACCAGGCCAAGAAUAAAAUGACUCUCAACAAUGUCUCUGUUGUCAUGGCACCCAACAUCUUCAUGUUCAAAGGUUUCCGCUCCAAAGUUACAGAACAGCAGGAGUUCUCCAUGGCAACCAGCACAGCCAACAUCGUCCGGCUCCUUAUUAGAUACCAGAAUCUUCUCUGGACUAUCCCGAAGUUCAUUGUGACCCAGCUCAGACAUCAAAACAUGGAAAGUCAGCGGAAACAAAAUAAAGAGAGAGCUGUAAGAAAACUCUUGAAGAAGAUGACCACCGAAAAAACAUCUGAAAAAGCUAUCCCAGAGGAGGGCUCACAGGGAUUUAUCCGAGUCCAAGCCCCACAGUUCAAUAAAGUGUCCAUGGCAGUUCAGCUGACCGAAGAGUUACUGGCUGUUGAUGUGCUAACACGCUUCCUCAGCCAGGACUGUUCAGUGGCAGUGAAAAAAGAAGAGCUGUGUCUCUAUGAGAUUGGUGGAAACAUCAAGGAGAGAUGUCUAGAUGGGGAAACGUUUAUGAAGGACCUCUUCCAGCUGAACCCGACUGCAGAAUGGGUCAUCAAAGUUGCACAGAAAUAGUCAUUUGCACUUGCCGGAUGCUGGGCUGCCCAACCCUGUGUCCUACUGAGAAGAGACAUAACCUGAAUCUGUGGUUUCUGCUGGUUCAGGACAUUCUUGGACUCUUCAUUUGUAGCAGAGAUUUCUGAAUACACACAAUUUGCUUGCCCUGACCACAGCCUUAAAAUACAAGUGGAAGUCCUCUGACUGAAAAUACUGCUUGCGUUUCCCCCCACAGCCAGACUGUCAAACAAGAACAAAAAUUGUGCUUUGACAGACGUUUCCAUUUAUUCUCCUCCUCGCCGUGUGAUGCAAAUUUGAGUUUCAGGCCUCAAUAACCACUAACCUGAAGUUUCAUUUGGGUAGAUGAAUGACGACUUAUUUUUAGAUGACCUAAGGUUAUCUCUCGAGUUCUGACAGACUGCUGUUGAACUACAAGUUUGUUGAAGCACUUGAGCCACAAUAUUGUGAUUUUAAACACUUAGUGAUACUGAAAGUGUUGCAGUUGUAAUCUUUGAUUUAUUGCCACUCAUGUUUUUGCAUCUGCAGUGAAAUGUUGAGAUAAUAUAGGGAGACCAAAUAUUAACAUUCUCUUCCAUCAACAAGAAUCAUUUGAGAAUUUUGGCUUUUCUUAUUUAUAUUUUUAUUUAAAGCCCUUUAAAACACAAAUGUGAUUUUAUUAUUAUAUGUCAGUGUAUUGAAGCACUUCACUGUAAUCAACAGGGAAUGAACGUUGGAAUAAAUUGAUGUUUCGGG